UCUUGCUUCCUUAUAUCCUUUGUCUCAAAACCAACACUGUAACUAACGCCUUCCACUGUGUGUGUGUUUCACACUACAAAUGGGGUUGUACGUAUGCUUCUGUGUUGUGUUGGUAAUUUUGUUACACCAAGUAACAUUCAUUAAUGGUGGAGUUACAAGCUCUUUUGUUAGAAAAGAAGUUAAAUCCAUCGAUAUGCCUUUCGAUAGUGAUGUCUUCUCUCAUCCCCCUGGCUACAAUGCUCCUCAACAGGUGCAUAUAACGCAAGGAGACCAUGUGGGGAGAGGAGUAAUUGUGUCUUGGGUGACUCAAGAUGAACCCGGGUCAAGCAUGGUGGUGUAUUGGGCCGAUAAAAACAGCCAAAGAUACAAAGCCACUGGUUCUAUCACUACUUACAAAUACUACAAUUACACUUCUGGAUUCAUUCAUCAUUGCAAUCUCAAGAAUUUGGAGUUUAACACAAAGUACCAUUAUGAGCUUGGGACUGGUCACACCACAAGGCGGUUUUGGUUCAUGACUCCACCACCGGUCGGACCAGACGUCCCAUACACUUUUGGGAUCAUGGGGGAUCUUGGUCAAACAUAUGAUUCGAAUCUUACACUCACACAUUAUGAAAAGAAUCCAGUGAAAGGGCAAGCUGUGUUGUUUGUUGGCGAUAUAUCAUAUGCUGAUUACUAUAAGUUCCAUGACAAUUCGAGAUGGGAUAGUUGGGGGAGGUUUGCUGAACGCAUUACUGCAUUUCAGCCAUGGAUCUGGACUGCUGGAAAUCACGAGCUGGAUUACGAGCCGAGUAUAGGUGAAACCAAACCAUUUAAGCCUUUUCUUCAUCGUUACCGAGUCCCCUUUAGAGCAUCUGGCAGCACAGAGCCACUAUGGUAUUCGAUCAAAAGAGCAUCAGCCUAUGUUAUAGUACUCUCUUCUUACUCGGCCUAUGGGAUGUAUACGCCGCAAUAUCAAUGGCUUCUAGAGGAACUACCAAAGGUUAACAGAAAGGAGACCCCGUGGUUGAUUGUUCUAAUGCAUUCACCAUGGUACAAUAGCAAUAGUUACCAUUAUAUGGAAGGGGAGACCAUGAGAGUCAUGUUUGAGCCAUGGUUCGUGCAAUACAAAGUUGAUCUUGUGUUUGCUGGUCAUGUUCAUGCUUAUGAACGCUCGGAACGUAUAUCAAAUAUUGCUUACAACAUUGUGAACGGGGAAUGCUCUCCUGUGAUCGAUCAAUCUGCCCCUGUGUAUAUAACUAUAGGCGACGGGGGAAAUAUUGAAGGCUUAGCUAACAAUAUGACGGAACCACAACCAAAGUACUCAGCCUACAGAGAAGCGAGCUUUGGUCAUGCAACUUUGGAGAUCAAGAACCGGACACAUGCUUAUUAUAGUUGGCACCGCAAUGCAGAUGGAUAUGCUGUUCGAGGUGACUCUGUGAUGUUCUACAAUCGAUAUUGGCAUCCUAUGGACGAUUCAACAACCAAGACUUGACCAAAUAACGUGAUAUAACUACCUUCAUGUCAAACUUAGACCAUUUUCAACGACUAUGAUGGUAGGAAAAUAAACAAAUUGAGCGAGAAUCUACGAAGGAUAGAUUAUGAGUGAUUUUUUAUGUACUUUUACCUAUAGUCGAUUUAAAUUGCCUAGUUAAUUUAAGCUCACUUUUGGAAA